GACGAAAAGAAGCUGCGGAUAGCGGAGGAGUGGCAACGGUGGCGGUGUGAAGGGGCACAGCGCACAGAGGCAAAGAUGGCUCUGGUUCGUUUUGGCGUCGUUGGACCGUAGCACGUUUUCCAGAACCCUGCUCCCAUCUGUUGUGUGGAAGCCGCAACAUCUGGACUUGUCUGGCGGUUCGUAGCAGUGUCUGCAUGGAUUGCACACCCGCAUACCGCAGUCGAAACACCUCCAUGGACGCAAAUGUCGAUGCUAGCCACAACACAAGCAAGAGCCGCUGCGGCGGCGGCAGGCCCUCUCGGGUCAGACACAGACAAGGCGAAGCAGAGCUUCGGUAACGAGGAGACCACCCACGACAGCGGGAAAGAGGCGGAAACCAUGAACAGAAGCAGCAGCAACGGCCACGCCAGUGAGUUCAGCGGCAGCAGCUAUUACAACGGGCUCAUCUGCGACAACCCCGACAAAGAGUCUUCCUCUCCGGGCGGUCAUGGCGAAAGCAGCAGACCGCAGUACUUCGACUACCCGACGUAUCCUACGGUGCUGAACUCUCUGCAUUACAUGAACUACGACGCGGCAAACACAGAAACCGUUGCCAUGAUGCCUUCCUCGAUGCCCUUCUCCGGUCCGCAGACUUACAACACCUCGCUGUUGGCCCCGGUGAGCGCUGCAUGGUACCCUGGCCAAUUGGCUAGCAGCAACAACGUGUCUUUGAACCACAGCUACAGCCAAGAGUUCACGAUGGACUUUGAAAAGUUGGAUCAGAUGUUCAGAAUCAACGAUCGCCAGCUAACAACCUCAGCAGCCCCUCAUAUCGACGAUCUCAAACCUUCGUCAUCCGCUAUUGCAACUUGCAGUUCCUCAUCUCAGAAUAGCAUCUCUCGCAAAACCAUGCCUUUGCUGGAAAACUUCAAAACGGGAACCCUGGUAACGAAUCCAAACUCUCCCGAAUACCUCUUUAGUUCUCCUCAGUUUGACCUACAUAAGGAGGUCCCCACACUCGUCAAGCUUGCACACAGAAAUAAAGACAUCAAGCUCUCUGACACACAGGACAUAACAAAAAGAGCAGAGUUCCAGCAGAAAUUGUUCAAAAAAAUAAAACGGAAAAGACAGUCUUUGCACGCUACUAAGCAUGUGUCAGGGAAGUACAAGGAAUCCAAAAGCAACCCCCCGUUUCCUCCAAUGAUGAACACGAAGGGAAACUCUAAAAGAACAAUAGGAAGACCCUUGACCCCGAAAACAAAAGUGAGACUCACGCUAGUUCCAAACCUACCUACUCUCUACAGCAUGUUGGUGACAGAAAACAUCGACCUUUCUGAACUCAAAUCACACUUGUCAACUUCACCGUCCUCUAUAUCUUCUCCCUCGCCAUUAUCACCUCCAUCCUCUCAUCCUUUGAAAAUACCUGCUUUCAAUAAAAAUAUACGAGAAAAAUUCAAGGUUCUGAAAAGAGGAAUUCUGGACGAUAACAAGGCGUAUGAAGAGUUGCUGUUCAAUGAGUCCGUUGAUUGGCGUUUCAAAACAUCUUCCGUAAGUUAUGCGAACUUUCAAGAGUCACAACAGACCGGCACCCCUGACAACGGGAUGAAUUGUGGAGGGGGCUUUCCCGGUAAGACACAGGCUGUCACCUUUUUGGAUACAAACGAAAAAGAUGACGAAAAUGAUAGCACAACUAGGAAUCCUGUUUUUCCAAGGCACACUUCCUUUCCCAAUGCCAUUGGGAUUGAGGAAGAUCACAGUCUAGUGUACAAAUCAGUUGACACUGCCGUCCGUGAGAUAUUCGGGCUUGAAGAAUAUACCUUUCUACGGAUAACUCGUGCAGCGGCUUUUGAGAAAACGGGAUCUGUUGUACUGAAAAUGGAAACCAUCAAACCUGGAUAUAGGUGGCUGGAUGACGAUGAGUUUGACCUCAAAAUAAUGUUCCGGAUGUUUGGAGGAGAAAACCUGGAUGAAUUGGACCAAAAUUCGGAUGAUAGCUCUAACCAGUUUGGAAGAGACGGAGAUCCUGUUACUACUACAUUUCUCAAAAAGAAAAUCGCUAGACCCAGAUACAAAUCAAAUAUGAGAAUAUAUCUUAUUCCCCGAGUCACAGAUGCUGUCUUGUAUACUCGUGAAAGCAUGCUUAAGAGGGACAUCAUCAAUGGAACCCUUGAUCUUUCAGAUGACACCGACCCACGUAUGAUUAUCACGGCUUUCGAGUUUGAGAACGUACUGCGAGAACUCAAAAUGAUAUAAAUAGCAGUUAAUAUGUACGAAUAUACACUGUAUACAGCUAAUCAGCAUAGAACAAUAUAGACACUCUCAUUUUAUAUACCCCUAUCCAAUAUCCAAGCCUUAUAGCUGU